AUGGGCGAGGACGCCAGCCUGGCCGCCAAGGCCGCCCUGGCUGCCGGCGCCUUCUCGCCCUCGGGGGGCCGCGGGGCCGGGGCGCUCCGGCUGGAGGCGGUGAUGGAGAACCUGCAGCGGGCGCAGGCGGCGCGGCUGGAGGAGAAGCUGCGCCGGGCACAAGCGGCUCAGCCCGGCGUCCCCGCCGCGCCCCCCGUGGCCCCGCUGCGCCCCUUCUGCGGGGGGCUCCCUCCGGCCCGCGCCCCGCCGCCCGCCCGCCGCCAGAAGGAGGAGGAGGAAGAGGAGGAAGGUCAGGACCAGGAGGAGGAAGAGGAGGAGGAAGAGGAGGAAGGCGCCGCGGGGUCCCGGCCUUGCCAUGCGCAACGCCCGGUGGCCCCCGCCGGCUUGGCCUCGCCGCCGCCUGCUCCGCCGCCCCAUGAGUGGACCUACGAGGAGCAGUUCAAGCAGCUCUACGAGUUGGAUGGAGACCCCAAACGGAAGGAAUUUCUGGAUGAUCUGUUCAGCUUCAUGCAGAAGAGAGGGACCCCUGUAAACCGGAUCCCCAUCAUGGCCAAGCAAGUGCUGGAUCUCUACACGCUCUAUUGGCUGGUGACUGAGAAAGGGGGCCUGGUGGAGGUCAUCAAUAAGAAGAUCUGGCGGGAGAUCACCAAAGGCUUGAAUCUGCCCACCUCCAUCACCAGCGCAGCCUUCACACUCCGCACGCAAUACAUGAAGUACCUCUACCCUUACGAAUGUGAGAAACGGGGGCUGAGCUCUCCCGGAGAGCUGCAAGCCGCCAUUGACAGCAAUCGUCGGGAAGGGAGGCGGCAGAUGUUCGGGGCCACCCUGUUCAGCUACUCGCCAACAGGCACACCAGGCACUCUCGCCUCUCCCAAGGUCCCUCUGCCCACCCUCGCCCUCGCCACCCACAACGGGAGCCAGAUCGGGCAAGCCCACGCCGUCAAAAAAGGUGAGGGUCUCGGCCUCCUGUCACCCGGGGUGCCCAGCCGCAUCGCUAUACCUGUCAGCCUAGCUGGGCAUCACCUGGUGGCAGCACAAGCCGCUGCAUCUCAGGCAGCCGCCCUGGAGCAGUUGCGGGAGAAGCUGGAGACCAGCGAGCCCCCAGAGAAGAAGAUGGCGCUGGUGGCUGAAGAGCAGCAGCGCCUGGUCCAGCAAGCUCUUCAGCAGAACCUCUUGGCCAUGGCCUCCCAGUUCCCGGUCAACAUCAAGGUCAACAGCCGUGGAGAUGACAGGCAGGAGACUGCAUUGAAUCUGUCCACCAACAGCAUUAGCAGCAUCAACAUGUCAAUAGAAAUAAAUGGAGUUGUCUACACAGGUGUGCUGUUUGCCAGACGAUCCGGCCUCCUGGGCACCGCGGGAAGUGCCCACAGCCACUCCAGCACCGGCAUGCCACCGAGCCAGCUGCUCUCUGCUACAUCUCGGGGACGUGCUCCAGCCAGCACCUCACCCUGAGAGGCGAAGCCCUGCAGCCUGUCCUCCACCCCUUGGACAGCAGCCUCCACUCUCCCAUCCUGCGUGGGGACCUUGUGGGGGCAUCUGCGUUCUUGGUUCAGGGUGGGAAGAGGUGGGGCCCCCGAGCUCUGGAGGGGCUUGGAAAGGGACUUCGGGGCAGGGCGAAUGGCAGGUUAGAGAGACAUUGUGGCACUGAGGAGGACAUAGGGUUGAGACGAAGGUGGUAGAGAGGAAGCUGAUUAAUCUGUGGAAUGACUUGCCUCCAGAAGUUGUGGGGGCUCCAUCACGGGAGGUUUUCAA